GAAAAAGGUUGUGUGGGGAGUAUGCAUGCCACGCUUUCCACGUAGGAUUCAAUAUCUCCAUUCACCAUUCACCAGAACUUUCCACACAAGAACUAUUCUCUUAUCUUCAUCCUUGUUCUCACUUCCUCAACUCAGAACCAGAAAAGGAAGAUCAAAGACAAAUCAAAAUGGCUUUGCAAGUGCAGGCCACACUUCACACUACAAGAUCCACACGACCUUCGUUACUAUUCCCAUCUGCCACUCCGACACUCUCCAAUCCAUCUGCUUUGAAGUCAUCUUUCUUCUCUCGUUCCCUUAACCUCGUACUUCAUCCUAAUCAACAACAUAGUCUUGUUUAUGGACCUCCUAGGUUUACCAUGCGUGUAGCUUCCAAACAAGCCUAUAUAUGUCGUGACUGCGGGUAUAUUUACAAUGAGAGGAACCCCUUUGAGAAGUUGCCUGAUAAAUACUUCUGCCCUGUUUGUGGUGCUCCAAAACGAAGGUUUAAGCCCUAUGCUCCACCUGUCAACAAAAGUGCAAAUGAAAAAGAUGUUAGAAAGGCAAGAAAAGCUGAACUUCAAAGAGAUGAAGCAAUUGGGAAAGCACUUCCUAUUGCAGUUGCCGUGGGAGUUGUAGCUCUUGCAGGAUUAUACUUCUAUCUCAACAGCACAUUUUAGCUGAAUGUUUAGCUCAUUAUGCUUUAAGUAUUCGUGUUCUUUUGUUUAUUUGGUUCAUCAACACUUUAGAACAGUUCUAUUUUGUUCCUUUUGUUCAAUAUCAAAUAAUAGCUUCUAACAAGAAUGUUGUCACAAGUUUAGCUGAAUAUAAAUCAUGAAUAUAAGAGAAGUGGAUUCGAGUUUUCA